GGUAUGUAUAGGCCGGCACACGUGGUCGUAGACUCUAGCAAUGAGGCGGUGUGUAGCCGUGCUCUUCAUCAUCAUUCUCGCGACAGAAUCAUCCCUACAGAGGAGAUCAAAAGGUAGAGGGAGAGGUUCCAAGUGGUGGAACAUUGUGCACGCAGGACAGCCUACCAACUUGGUAGUGGGUAACCAUUAUUCCAACUCUAUCCGAACCAAUGAUUAUCCUACAAUCAACGUACCCCUGAGGAGAAAACAGAGACGAUUACUACACACCAAUCCCGGUUCACUACUAGCAAUAGCCAAAGGUAUGAAACUGGCUAUAGCCGAAUGCAAACAGCAAUUUCGUGAUCGCAGAUGGAAUUGUCCCACAACAGACCACAUGUUGGGAAAAUCAGUCUUUGGGAAAAUAGUCCAGAGAGGCUGUCGUGAAACGGCAUUCGUCUACGCCCUUACCAGUGCGGGGGUAGCACAUUCGGUAGCUAGAGCAUGCAGUGAAGGCAUAAUCGAGACUUGUACAUGCGACUAUAGAAACAGAGGUCCAAGCGGUACUGACUGGGACUGGGGUGGAUGCAGUGACAACAUGGAGUUCGGCUACAACUUUGCUCGAAUGUUUGUGGACGCUGCCGAGCGGGGUCGUGACCCACGAUUUAUCAUGAACCUUCACAAUAACGAAGCUGGAAGAGUACACGUCUCCACCGACAUGAGAAGAGAGUGCAAAUGCCACGGUAUGUCUGGAAGCUGUACAGUGAAAACGUGUUGGAUACGUUUGCCCACUUUCAGAGAUAUUGGUAACAACUUAAAAGAUAGAUUCGAUGGUGCUUCUCGUGUACUGGUAAAUAACCAGGGAAAUUACAAGCGAAAAUACCGUUUUCAUUUAAAGCCAUAUAAUCCCAAUCAUAAGACACCAUCUGUUAAAGAUUUAGUAUACAUCGAAACAUCUCCAGAUUUCUGUGUACCAAAUCUAAAAUUAGGAGUGAUAGGCACCAAGAACAGACAGUGCAACGAUACUUCUAUAGGAGUAGACGGCUGUGAUUUAAUGUGUUGUGGACGUGGAUACAAAACUGACGUUAGAGAAGAGUUCGAAAGGUGCAAUUGCACUUUUCACUGGUGCUGUGAAGUCAAAUGCAAGAUCUGCAAAGUCAAAAAAACACUUCAUAUUUGUUUAUAAGUGAUUAUUGAUUAUGUACAUAAGGAACAAUUUUGCAUUUGGUAACUUUAGACGACUUUUUAUACCAAAGAAAAAAAAAUACCAUUGCAACAAUUAAGACUUCUCUCUAAAAGAGAAUUUUAGAACUGAAAUCAUAGAUUUUAUUGUAUAUUUUAUCGAAAUCUGUAAGAUACGUCCAUAUUGUAUAUAUGAUUCAAAUGUAAAUAGACUCAACAUGUUGAAAUGGAGACUUAAUUAUUACUAUAACAGAUAGUAUUAAAACUAAUAUCGUUUCUACAUAUAUGAAAAAGUAAUACUAAAAAUCUGAUUUGCAAUAUUUAAUUUCUCAAUUAUUAUAGCUGGUUGUGAAAUUUUUCUGUGACUUAUUUAAAUGGAUUUUAUCCUUCUUUUAUAUAUGAUUUUAAGAACGUGCAAAUGAAUAAAAAAAUAUUUAA